AUGGCCUCGCAAGAGUCUCUCUUACUCGAUUCUAUUCCUGCUUAUGAGGUCCCCGCUGUGAAGAGAGCAGCCCAAGUCGCGUUCGCCAUCGUAUCAUGCUGGUUCGCCGCCGGCAUCGUAUACGGUUUCGCAUCGCUAAAACCCGUGUUAAUCGACGAGGGCGUAUACGACUACCUUUGCUCUCACGAUGGCCGCGAUGAGAGCGGCAUUAGUGACGACGGUACUGACUUGGUGCCCUGCGCGGCGCAGGAUAUGCGUCUAAAUCUAUUCUUCAUUGUCGCGUCCACCACGACCAAUGUCUCGUCCCUAGUCGUUGGAUGGGCUCUCGACCGCUACGGACGUCGCCCAUGCUAUGUUAUCUCGGGCAUAUUGAUGAUCGCGGGGUGUGUGCUGAUGGGACUCGCGUUUAAGAUCUCCCAAUUUGACGGGUACUUGGUGGCCAACAUAUUGUUAAGUCUAGGCGGGACAUUCGUGUUCAUCCCUAGCUACCAGCUUGCGAAUGCAUUCCCGCGAUACUCGGGUAUUAUCGUCGCGCUAGUGACGGGUGCCUUCGACGGCUCCGCUGCUAUAUUCUUAUUCUACCGGCUAGCAUGGGAGUCAUCGGGCCGCACCUUUACGCCCUCGCAUUUCUUCUUAGCGUAUACGACUGUGGGCGUGCUACUUCUUGUAGGAGAGUUUACGCUCAUGCCUCCGCGAGCAUAUCACUCGGCGUCUGAGAACGAGCGCAAGCUUGAGACAGGGCAGGAUGAAACAAGAGACGUACACGACUCAGACGACGACCUUGAAGAUCCUGACGAAAUCCAACGGGUGAGGAAUGCACGCUUGGAGCGGCGUACUGCUAAACUCAAACGGAUUAAAGAAUUAGUAGGCAAUGAGACGGAGCGCGAGACUCGCCUGCAGGUUGAGCAGAAGCGGCAGGCGGCCAGUGGUAUCUGGGGUAUCCUACACGGCCUACCGGCGCACCGGCAGAUGAUGACGGGGUGGUUUAUUCUCCUCCUACUACUGACGGUAUUACAGAUGCUGCGUAUGAACUUUUUCAUCGCUACCAUCCGCGCCCAGUACCGGUACUUAUUAGAAUCAGAACGGCUCGCCGAAAAGAUCAACCACUUCUUCGACGCGGCGCUGCCCGUAGGAGGGGUCUUUGCGACGCCGUUUAUCGGACUCCUGAUCAAUAGCUUGAGCGUAGCAGCAGAAUCAGCUGUAUUGACCUCUUUCAUUCUGGUCGUCGGGGUACUCAACUGUCUCCCCCAACUAUGGGCCGGGUACGCGACAGUAGUAGCCUUCGUAUUAUUCCGGCCGCUAUACUACAGCGCGGUCAGCGACUUUGCCACUAAAAUAUUCGGCUUCGGAACCUUUGGCCGCAUCUACGGCACCAUUAUUUGCAUGUCGGGUCUCGUUAACUUCGCGCAAUCAGGCCUCGACGCGCUGAUGCACGGCCCGCUACACGGUGAUCCGACGCCGAUCAACAUCGUCUUUGCGGUAGCCGGUACGAUCCUUGGCGCGACACUGACUGCUUACGUCGUCAUCCGGGGCCGGUCCUUCAGGCGAAAGUUACAGCAGAAUGCAGCCGCUGGGAUGAUCCAAGAGAGGCUUCAUCUAAUACGGGAAGAAAGGGAAGCGGAAGAAGAAUGCUACAGCGCAAUAGAUUAA